AGAGCGCGUGUGGGCCAAUGGUAGAAUCAUGGCCAAGCAUGACGUCAAGCCGUCAUAUGGCCACACCAGCCACACCAAAGUUCUGAACGCUCUCUUCCGUCGUCUCCUACGUUCUGUUCCGGGAGAAAACAACCGCUCCAGGCCCGGGGUCAAUCUGCCAGAGGUGUAUGCGUGCAGGCGCCGGAAACGGCUAAAGCGCGCGGGCUGGAGCUCCCCAUCGAGUCUUGCGACGAGCAUCCCUCCGCACAUGCGUGGUGCGCCCCAAGACGAUGCGGUUAUCGCCGACGCGCAUCCUGUGUGCCGCCAUCCUCCUCCUCACGCUGCUCCUCGUCUCCUUCGUCACGCGCCUGCUCUUCGGCCAGCGCGGCUUCGACAUCCUCCCCGAGCGCCCCGACGCCGCUGCCGCGCGCGCCCGCCUGAAUAGCAAUGCGCCCGUCGUCCAGUACGGCGAGGAGUGCGCCCCCUUCCGGGCAGGCGCCCUCGACGAUGUCACGAUCGUGUUGAAGCUGGGCGCGGGGCAGGUCGCGACGCAGCUGCCGGCGUACUUUGCGCGCCUCAGCCGGUGCACGCGCAACGUGCUGCUGUUCUCAGACCGCAAGGGCGAAUACGGCGGCUUCGAGAUCGUCGAUGCGCUCGCCAACCUACGCCCGGAAUACAAAUACAACAACCCCGACUUCGACAUCUACGACAAGAUCCAGCAUGCGGUCGCACUCGAAGAGAAGACAACCGAGGGCUGGCGCCUCGACAAGUACAAGUUCCUUCCCAUGAUCGAGCUCGCCGACGCGCGGCGCCCCAAGUCGAACUGGUUCCUGUUCCUGGAGCUCGACACGUACGUCAACUGGGACAACAUGCAGCGCUUCCUCGCCGCCUUCGACCCCAAGACGCCCUACUACUUCGGCUCGCCCGUGUGGCCGCGCAAGAAGCCCGUCUUCGCGCACGGCGGAAGCGGCUUCGUCCUCUCCCGCGGCGCCUUCAACAAGCUCAUGGCGCGCGGCCGCAUGUUCGCCGAGAACCAUCGCAGCCCCGGGACACAUCUGUUCGGCAAGGACGUGCGCAACGAGUGCUGCGGCGACCAAGUCCUCGCCAAGGUCCUCAAAGAAAGCGGCAUCUCCAUCCGCGGGUACUGGCCCAUGUUCAACGGCGAGAGUCCCUCCAGCCUCCGCUUCAACAGCGAGCAGUGGUGCGAGGCCGUGCUGACGCUGCACCACCUCUCCCCGGACGAGUUCGCGAGCCUGGAGCGCUGGGAGGCCGCCCGCCCCCAGCGCGCGAAGCCGCUUACUUUCGAGACGCUGUUCCCGCACAUCGAGCCCGCGCUGCAGGAGCGGCGGGACGACUGGACGAACCUGUCUGAAGACAUCACAUACAGCGGCAAGAAGACGGCCGGCAAAUCCUGGGAGGCGUGCCGCGCGGCCUGCUCCCGGGUCCACAAGUGCAUGCAGUACGAGCACGUCGGGGACACGUGCCGCCUGUCGCGGAGCAUCCGCCUAGGCCAUGCGCAGCCCGCGGGCAGCCAGGGAAAGGCGACGUCGGGGUGGAUGACGAGCCGGAUCGAGGCGUUCAAGACGAAGCACGGCAAGAGGUGCAAGGGCGGCGCGCAUUUUCCGCAUGCGAAUCCACGAUGAGGACCGAGCCGGACCGAACUGAAUCAAGGACAUGUGGAGUUUCUAGCAUGGGAGGCGUUUGAUACCCGGCGGCUGACUUGGCUUUGCGAUUCGCACAUCGCCAUUAUAUACCCACCAGGACGUUGCGUGCAUGGAUUGGAGUUUUGGAGUUUCCAGGGUGGGUUGGGUUGGUAUACGUCACAGCGCCGGGACAGACAGAUGUCUGGGGGCAGUACGCCUUGUUUCCACAGGAUACGCAAGUUUAGGGCGAGGGG